AUGGACGUUGACGAGAACGACGAGCUUGUGUCUGUUCUUCCUAUACAUUAUUCUGAAGCUCUCUCCCCCAAUUUACAUAUCCAUCAAUUUCCACUGCUCACAAGACCACUGCAAGCUCCACCCUCCGCAACUCUCAGCGGCAAACGAAUCAAUGCCAGAAUCAAACAUAAAAGUCGCCGGAUUGAGAUACAUGUUCCUAUAGACACUCGACCAGAAGUAUACAACGUUGAAAAAUCCAAACAUUUUGGAGCUGGUCGUCUGGAAGACGACCGUGAAAAAAAUCAGGAACGCAUCGACAAAACUCGGGAGGAUGAAGACCCCCGAAUUUCAGAGGUCCGCCUCAGAAGCGAGGAGAUUCCUCGUAGGGGUGCACAUAUUCUCGGGAUUGUAAGAGAUGGCAAGCUACAUCUUCAUCCAGUCCAAGAAAUGCAUCAAUUUCGCCCGACAUUGACAUACCUUGAUAUCUUGUCGCGAAAAAAUCGACGUUCUAUGGGGGUGGGGUCCGAUUCUGACUCAGACGACGGGCCACCUCCAGAUCCUGAUGAAGUUGCACCUGUACCUGUUGCGAAGAAGGAGAAAAAGGCUGCUAACGAUGCCAAAGAGGUCCAUGUAUCUGCGCGAAAGUCUGAGGAUCAAGGCGGUCAAAGUGGUUUAUCCUCUGUUCGCAGAGAAAUGUUGCAGAUAAUGCGGGCAGAAGAAGAUGAAAAAUGGGAAGAUGUUCAAUUUUGCGAUGUGACAACAGACCAGUCGGUUGUCGCAUUUGAGUCGGUGUUCUCUCAAAGUGACGAGAUAUUGGAGACUAGUACAGAUAUUUCCACUUUCUUAAAGUCGAUCAAUGGCCUAUGA